UAACCCGGAAGUAAAAUAGCGGCGCAGAACAGUAUGUGGUUUGAACCGCGUUAUAUUAUAACGAGGAUUUGGCAAGUAGCUGAUGUUAGCAGCUAGAACAAAUAAAUAUACAUUUAUAUCUAAAAAGGACUAAUAGGUUAUACUCUCAGUAAGCCACUAUGCUUCCACUGUCUUUACUGAAAACAGCACAGAACCACCCUAUGCUGGUGGAGCUGAAGAACGGGGAGACGUACAACGGUCAUCUGGUCAGCUGUGACAACUGGAUGAACAUCAAUUUAAGAGAAGUCAUCUGCACCUCCCGGGAUGGAGAUAAGUUCUGGAGGAUGCCCGAAUGCUACAUCCGAGGAAGCACGAUCAAAUACCUGCGGAUCCCCGAUGAAAUCAUCGACAUGGUGAAAGAGGAGGUGGUGUCCAAGGGCCGUGGCCGGGGCGGCAUGCAGCAGAAUAAACAGCAGGGAAAAGGCAGAGGAGGAGGAGCUGGCCGAGGUGUGUUUGGUGGCCGGGGUAGAGGCAUGCAAGGUGCUGGUCGUGGACAGCCACAAGACAAAAAGCCUGGAAAACCACAGGGUGUCAAAAACCAGCACUGAACACAAACACAAUACCUCCUUUCUUUCUUUUUUUUCUUUCUUUCUUCCUUUCAUCAUUUUCUUCUUCUCACCAGAUGUAUAACAUGACACUUUAUAUAACUGUUUUCCCCAUCCACUGAAUCACAUUUUAACACAUCAUUUUCUUUUUUGGUGCCGAUUGCUAUAAAACGAAAACCUAUCCUAUGUAAUGACCAUCCUGUUAAAAAAAAAAAAACAACCCACACACACACACAGUCCUUGUGAUGUGAAAACGAAGAAGCUUAUUUUGAUCUCCUUUCUCAAUUUCAUAAUUCAAGUGGCAAGAAAAACUUAUGUUCUGAUCGUUUAAAUAUUGGAUGCCCUGAAAUCACAAGUUAAACAGUUCUAUAAAAUGGCGUCCAUUUUCCCUCAAUGUUAGAAAAAUCAGACUUUUUUUUCUUUAGACAUUUGUUUUGGUUUUGUUUGUGCCUGAUUUGUCUUUUUUUUUGUCAGCAGACACUGAGAAGUGCUGUAAGUUAUGUGCAGUAGACAUAAUAAAUAUUUUUUUGUUAA